CUUUAAAGCUACCCAACUGCUCAACUGGUCAGAUGGGCAAACAGAACAAAGACGAUAUCCCCAACCCAAGCAGGGUUGGCAAUCGCGAUAUUAUCCAACGUCUCAACUUCCUCUACCAAGCUAGCGUUCUCCUCAAUGGCAUGACAGCUGGCCCCUCGCAGGUUCCGUCUAGCAAUUGCGAGACUAGCCAUACCCAAAACCUACCGAAAAAACGGCAAAAGAGGGUCGUGUCCACUGCGGACCUGUCUAGGAGUUACAUAGACACGAUGAAAGUUGUGGGGCAAAAAACGAAUGUCAAGAUUGAUCCAACAGUAAAACGCGUUAUAUGCAAGGGGUGUCAUAUCGUGUUGAUACCUGGCGCCUCCUCGAUCUUACGGGUGAAGAAUUCCAAAUCACACGGGCAUCUUGUUAUCCACACUUGUAACUCGUGCAGAACAUCACGGCGAAUACCUGCGCCUCCAGUAAUGGAUGCGAUCCGUCUGAACGAUUUUGAAUCCAGAUCCACCACGAUGGGCCAACCAGCUCCCGAUGCAACGACUGGAAGUACUUCAAGUUCCCGAUCAGUACAUCGUAGACCAAAGAGGCCGUGCGUGGCCCAUCUAGCGCCCCACUUCGCUCGAGACCUCGGUCAUGUUAUUUUCCGAGGGAACGAGAGGUUGCGAGAUGCUAUUUUAUGAUUUCAGACUUCACUUUAUGACUUUUGACUGUUCCCACCGGGAUCUUACCAUCGAUUGAGUACUAGCUGUUCAGCGCUGCAGCGUUUGUAACUAUGUAGUCGCUGGCAAGUCGCUGGUACUACGUAAUAUUAAUGACAUAAUACAUUAGUCGCUCUUCUACUAAU